AUGGCAAACCAACUGGCAAAUGCCCAAGGGAGCCAGACUCCACUGGACCACUUGUUCCUAUGCAGGCACUACUACUUCCAGAGAUCUGGGUUACUGGGCGGUGGAGCAAACGUGAAUGUUGGAGUCGCCCACGGUGAAGUGAAUCCAAAUACCCGUGUCAUGAGCAGUCGGGGUAUGUGGCUGACAUCUGCACUGGGAGUUGGCUUGCUUCAUAUUGUCUCACUCAGCAUUCCCUUCUUCAGUGUUCCUGCUGCCUGGACUUUAACAAGUAUUAUACAUAAUCCGGGGACAUAUGUAUUUUCGCAUGCAGUGAAAGGAACACCUUUUGAAACUCCUGACCAGGGUAAAGCAAGACUCCUAACUCAUUGGGAACAACUGGAUUAUGGAGUACAGUUUACAUCUUCACGGAAGUUUUUCACAAUUUCUCCAAUAAUUCUAUAUUUUCUGGCAAGUUUCUAUAGGAAGUAUGAUUCAACUCACUUCAUCCUAAACACAGCUUCUCUCCUGAGUGUGCUAAUUCCCAACAUGCCACAACUACAUGGUGUUCGGAUCUUUGGAAUUAAUAAGUACUUACAUUUUUUGAAACUGAACAAAAAUUUUUAUGGCUACUGA